CACUACAGUCUGAUUAACUGAAUUAAAUGGUGUUAUCAUCGCGUAGCAGUCACUAGUGAUAAAUAUCGUUAUUUCAAUCCACAACCAAAAUCUAAAUACUUUUUAUGAAAUUUAUGGCGCAUUGAAAUACCCAGAGGCUCGUUAAGUCUUGAUAUUGUUAUUACCAAGUGGAAGGACUGCUGUGAUCCCCAAAAAAUGUGCGAGUGACAGAUGAGCGAUUAAUGCUGCAUUCUUGAACCUCCACCACACACCUGUCAACUCAGAAUAAAUAAACAAGAUGACUGCAACUCUGGACCUGAAGAAAUUUCUGCAUCAGCUGUUGGCGAGUGUCGAGGGGCUCCACAGCAUAUUGAUAACAGAUCGUGAUGGUGUGCCAGUAGUGUCGGUGGCUAGUGAUAAGGCACCAGAGCUAGCCAUGAGGGCAAGCUUUCUGUCUACUUUUGGAAUGGCAACUGAUCAGGGGAGUAAACUGGGACUCGGGAAGAACAAGACUAUUAUUUGUAUGUACAGUAGUUACCAGGUGGUGCAGAUGAACAAGCUACCUCUAGUCGUGAGUUUCAUAGCCUCUCACGGUUGCAACACCGGACACAUUCUCUCGUUGGAGAGCCGAAUCGAUCCCAUUCUGAGUAACUUAAAAAAUGCUGUUGUGGAAGCCUGAUGGUUACCCGUCGUUCACUACGGGUGAUAAAAUCCUUGUGACGAAGAAAACUAAAUGAAUGAGAAAGCGAAUUUUUUCUAACUCGUAAAACGAGGCCGAUCACGAAUGAACCUUUAUCGAACGUCGUUCACACGGACUCAAUCGUUGAAAAUAGGAGAGAAACCGGUCGAUUGCACCCUUGAAGUCGUCAUUAACUGAACGAAUCACGAAGAAUUUAGUGAUAUUCGUUGGAAGUGAACGAGACAUUCUAUAUCAAACUUAUAUAAAUUUUACAAUGGGUGUAUAAAGAGAAUAAUUUUCAAGACUAUUCGUAAGAUUGUUUAUUGAAUCUGUAUAUUAAAAGAAUAUUAUUAAAAAUGUUAGUAUGUCAUAA